UUGAACAGAUCGUAGCUGCAAAGAGGUUGCGCUGGUGCCGCCUGCAGUGCCAACUUUAGUCAUGGCGCCAGCUGUGGUGAAGCUGAAUGUCUAUUACCAGCACCCUGUGUCCUACGACGAGAGGGGCAGGCUGCAGCAGCUACCGAGCACGAUGCCACGGUGGCUGUCACAUUGGGCCAAGGACGUGGUCGGCGUGUACCACGUAGGAGUUGAGGUAUACGGGCAAGAAUACUGCUAUGGCAUCUUCAACAAGAAGAAGGGCCGCAGCAUCGGAGGCCCUGACAGCGGUGUCUUCUGCCACCAGCCCCGCGACCCUGGCUGGGGAAACCAAUGGAAGUGUGAAGAGGAGCUGGGCACCACGACAUGCAGUCCCCAAAAAGUGCUGGCCAUCGCCUUCAAGCUCGGCAAGACCAGGUUCGGCAGCCGAGCCUACAGCCGGACCGGCAACAACUGCGUGGACUUCGCGUCGGAGUUCCUCCGGGAGCUUGGCGCGGAGGAAGUGCCGAGCUGGUGCCAGCGAGGCCUCCAGUUCUAUCGGGGAGCUGCUGGCGCCGUGGGAUUCGUGGAAGCCCUCUUCAGCACGGCUGAGGAUGGACCCGAGCAAGAUGUGACGGAGGAGAUGAGCAAACCCAAGUUCAUGGGAGGGGCCAAAGAGGUGAGUUAUGCACCAAUGAUCCCGGUCUACGCGCCCAGAUUGCAGAGCACGUCAUACGUGCCGCACAUGCCGGCGUACGUGGCGUGUGGUUCGGGGCCGCAGUGCACACAACAUGUGUACUACGACGCCUACAUGCCUAUUUGGCGGCAAGGCGCACCAGCACUCCCGAUUUUGCUUCAGUUCCCCCAGGCGUUUGUAGUGAAGUCUGUCGCACUGUGAUCUUUUGCAUGCCACUCCUUAAACCGAAAGGCGUCCAAGACGGGCGUAUGGAAGUUUGGGGAGGGAGAUUCCAAGGACUUGCCACAGGUGCGGUCUUUGUCGAAUUCGAGCUAAAUGACCUUCGUUGGACA